CUAGAAUAGUGAUUUCUAGAAUCUUGGGAUUUGGCGUUUGCUCAGCUCUUCAUACGCCUGCUGCUGUGAAGUGCAGAGCUGUAGACUUUGAGUUAGAGCUGUGCAGGGUAGACUAGUGGACUCACUUUUCUUCUCUAUUUUUCUUAAACAAGUGUACUGGUGGCUACUUGGGCUGCUGACCAUGGGUUUAAUGCAGAAAUGCUUAAUUCAACAUCUGUUAGGGUCCUAUCGUAAUAGUUUGUGGCCAGACUCUUUGGAGAAAGUGCGUUUUUAUGCGGAGAAUGCCUCUUUGCAGGCCAACAACUGGAGGGGAUUGUACUUUUAGAAGAAGGUCACAGGCUAGACCAGAAAUCUCUGGUAUGAAAAUGAGAGCAAGUUGUUGGCUCAGAGUCUUUUCCUGUAGCGUCUGUGAAAGAAUUGAAUUUUAGGAAUCAGGUGUAGCCCACUGAAGUACUAGAAUUCAUUCACCUGUAAGGACCUGUUUCUGGUACUGUCCUAGACAUUUUAUAGUAACACUUAAAGUCUGAUUCCUGUACAGUUAUUUAUUUUGCAUAGAACAUGGAAAUAGAGCUUUACGUAUACAUCAUGCAAGUGAGGUGGGAAAGGAGUUAUGCUCGUGCCUUUGUUGAUGUACUCAUUCACUAUUUUGUCUUUUAAUUUUCUUCCUUCCCUCUCUUUAUAUAUCAAGUGUCUUUUUCUGGAGAGGAUAAGUCCAAGCAUGAAUAUUUUAAACAAACCACAUUAAGCAAGUAUGCAUCAUCAGUGCAUGGAAAUAGGAAGCCCUUUCCUGCGGUAGCUGGCUGUGGCAAUAAGAGAUAAGAAAUUACUUCAUGACUAUUGCCUGAAACUUUCCUUUUGACUUGUGUAUCCUUCUUGAAUGGCUCACUUCUGCUUUCUGUCCAGCUUGAAGGGAAGGCAGUGCGAGCUGCUAACCCAAGCACAGGUUUGACGAUUUGCAAGGAGAUUUAGUAUGCCCAGUGCCUUACAUGUGUAGAAAAUCCUAAAAAAGAAGCUUUUUGAUGUUGGAGAAAAUCCUGCCAAUGACAGGAUCACCGCAGUUCCAGGGUUCAGAGCAGUGCCAAACAGCAUAUGCACUCAAUCAAAAGCAGUAGAACUGGACCAAGGAACCUCACAACUUUUGGGUAAUCCACUACAAAGUACCACACAUCAAAAGGGGCUCAUCUUGGUAUUAGAGUUGGGAGUUCUGAUACUGGGGAGUUUGUUACAUCUUUGAAGUUCAAUAACAGCUUUGAUUUCUACCAAUCUGAUCACAUACAUGGCUUCUGACAGCAAUGCUCUUCAGGUUCCCUUGCGUCAGAAGCCGAGGAAGAAAACUCAAGGUUUUUUCACGAUGAGUCGGAGGAGGAUAUCAUGCAAAGAUCUGGGACAUGCUGACUGCCAAGGGUGGCUGUACAAGAAAAAGGAAAAGGGAACUUUCUUAAGCAACAAAUGGAAAAAGUUCUGGGUGGUGCUGAAGGGAUCGUCACUGUACUGGUACAGCAAUCAAAUGGCAGAGAAAGCUGAUGGAUUUGUCAAUCUGCCUGAUUUCACCAUAGAAAGAGCAUCCGAAUGCAAGAAAAAACAUGCAUUUAGAAUCAGCCAUCCACAGAUCAAGACUUUUUAUUUUGCAGCUGAGAAUUUGCAGGAAAUGAAUGUGUGGUUAAAUAAACUUGGAUUAGCCGUAAUCCAUCGUGAAUCUACUACAAAGGAUGAAGAAUGUUACAGUGAAAGUGAACAGGAGGAUCCUGAAAUAGCUGUGGAGUCACCGCCCCCUCCUUACUCUGCGGAGGCCCCCUCUCCUCUGGGUGCACAGCAGGCGUCUUCAUCCUCACCCAAACUGAGUGGAACAACAUGCUCUUUCUCUUCCCUGGAAAAUACGGUAAAGAUGCCCAGCAGUUCUUCUUCUUCUGUAUCUAAAGAAAGACAGUCCUGGCUUGACAUCGUUAACAGUUCACCUGCUGAUGAAGAUGUGGGACACUCCAUAGCAUUCGCCGUGCACGUUCAUUCACCUGCACCCUCAGAGGUAAACAGUUGUAAGGCCCUGGAAAACAGCUCUCUCACAUCAGAAAGUGGAUUUUUGAACUCUUUGUCUAGUGAUGACACGUCUUCAUUGAGUAGCAACCAAGACCAUCUUGCUGUCCCAGACAAACCUACUGAAUCCAGGAUGAUGGACAGAGAAGAAACAAAAGCAUCCGAAGAUGAUGAAAUGGAGAAACUCUACAAAUCACUUGAACAAGCUAGUUUGUCUCCUCUUGGGGACCGACGACCUUCAACCAAAAAGGAGUUGAGGAAGUCCUUUGUUAAGCGGUGCAAAAACCCAUCCAUAAAUGAGAAACUCCACAAAAUUCGAACCUUGAAUAGCACAUUAAAGUGUAAAGAACAUGACCUGGCCAUGAUUAACCAGUUGCUGGAUGAUCCGAAGCUGACAGCAAGGAAAUAUAGAGAGUGGAAAGUCAUGAACACCCUGCUGAUCCAGGACAUCUACCAGCAGCAGCGGGCUGCACCUGUCCCCGAGGGUGACCCCCUGGAACUCAGGAAGUCACCUUCUGGCUGUGUUGAAAAUUCUAUUUGAGGACAUGCCAGGAUUGUCUCAUCUCUCACUUUACCAAGGCAAUUCUUCAAGAGGUUGCAAGAACUUAGGUCUUUCCUUAAAAGGAAAACUGAAACCCAGUUCCUCAAACAUCAGCUUCCCCUCUGAAGAUGCAAUGUAGAUGAAAAACAUCACCAAAGACAGCAGUCUUCUCAUUGCAUUUAUCACACACCAUCGAGGACACAAUGACUAAUUUCACUUGAACAGUGUGUUCCCAGCUGUGUGUUCCUAUUGGAAGCUCACAAGGAUGCGAGGUUCUGGGUGGAGUAUGAGAAAUUUAUCUUUUGUUCCUUGCUCUCAAAAGAAUUACAGCAUUCUAUGGACAAAAGAUCAGAUUUUAAUAAGGUUCUUAUUCAUAGAAAUGUUCUGUUUUCCAAAAAGAAGAAUGUGCACUUUCUACCCGGUUGGGUAGCUGAGUUCUAUGAAUCAUGUUCUGAGUGGAGGAAAACUUCCUUCAGCAGCAACGGGGGUAGGACAGAUGUGAUGUUGUGGACUAAAUCGUCUUGCCUUUGGUGCAGAAUGGUGUGGUGCCUUUUCCACUUGUUGGGAAAUACUUCAUAGAGCACAGGAAAGCCCAACAAGGGGGUGUGUUCUACAUUCCACUCACUCAGAGGACGGCUUGAUAUUUUCACACCCACGUUGAAGGAUCUGAUUAAUGUUUCUUUUUCUUGCAACUGUGAGAGGAAACUGUCUCAUUAUGGUUGGAGACCUAUGCUCGUUCCUCUCUCCUCUAAGCAAAUACAGGACAGAGUAAUAAGCCCAGAAAGGAAUGUUUGCUGCUUUUGUCCUUGGUUGUGGCACCUUCACACAAAAUGAAUUUAUAUCCAGUUUUCCGUGGAUCAGUAUUGACAAGAUGAUUCUGAUGUCUGAAAUUUUAAUAUCCUCGCUCAACAAAUCAACAAGCAAACAAACCUCAGACAGAACACACACACACACACACACACACACACAGAACAACAAAAUCAACAAGAGUUAAAAUCACAAUUGUUUUAUUUUUGUAUGUUUGUGCAUUACUUUGUGUGCUAUGUGAAUAGCUAUAAUAUGUAUGUUAUUUAAAUAUAUUUAUAGAAGUUAAAAUUACUAGUGUUUUAAAAAGAUGAUAUACUAUUGUAUGUUUUGCUCGCAUAUAUUCUUAAAGUAUAUACUUUUUGCUUGAGAAAAAUAAGAAUACUGGUGAUUCAUUGGAGUUAAUACGUUGCACUAUAAUGUAUGAGGAAUGCUCAGGAAAUCUUGUAGGAAAAAUAUGCGGGCAUGGAUUGAACUUCAGUUCUCCCGCUCUCAGUCCAUUCCCCACACCCUCCAGCUCGUAGGUUUCUCUGUCUAUUUUAAGCACUGAUCUUAACCAGAAAAAGACUUCCAUCAUACGUUAUUAUUUCUUUUUAAUAAGCUUUACACUUUGUGCCACUUAUGGCCCACAAACCUCUACCAAAUAAAACACAAAUAGUGUAAUCUUUUGACUAAAGGACAGAUAGAAAAUUUUGCAGUCACUUUUCAAGAAAGCCCAUAAAGAAAAAAUGUGAAAGUCUUUUAAUCACCAUGAAUAUAAGGGGUCUUUAAAAAACUAUGGAAAAUACCUAUAUGAAAGAACUUUGAACUUCAAAAUUUAUUUAUACCAAAACAAGUUUAUCUGCUUGAACUUCUCACCAUGAGAAUAAGCGUGAUCCGCCAAGGAGUCAUUUGGGCCCUCCCUGUCCUAGCAAACUGUUGGCAUAACACAUUUCAUGUUGUAGUCUAAGUGUGACUUGACAGUUGGAUGGAAAUAACCUCCUAAACUGUGUCUGCAAACUCAAUGGAAAAAGUUGUUGAAUAUUUCCCCAAGCUUUACUCAGAAGUUUUUCCCCCUACUUUGUAAACAAAUCAACCUCAGCGAGAAGAAUGAAGAAAACAAGGUGUAGUAUUUGAAGCUUCUCCAAGCUAAGAGGCACCAUGACCAGUGAGUCCCAGCAGGUGGUUAGGCCCUCCUUUCUCUACCAAGUGGGCAUGGAGAAGGGGAGCUCUGACCCCAGGUGAAGCUGUGGUCAGUGCCUGGGAGAGGUGGCUGUUCAGAUCCUCUGCUUGAUGCUUCCAGUUUGAGAGGCCAUUUCUUUAGCCUCUUUACUCCGGAAAAGACCAUGGAUUCUUUCUGUGACUGGCAGGUUAUUGGUUUGGGAUUCACCAUAUCAGCAAGGUGCUAAGGCAAGCAGAAAUAAGAAUUCAGAGUAUCCCCAGUACAGCAUAAAGUGUUCUUCCAGCCUUUUGAUUUGGUUUGCACUUUGGUUUGCACAUCCGAUAAACUUCCAGAGCUUUUUCCUAAAUGGAAGAGCUCCAAAAGUUUUUGACCAUGUUUGGCAAAACCUUGAAAUGCUUUGGCUUUUCCUUGUUGCAAAGGACAGGUCUCCAAAAGUUCAAGGAAAAUGUGCAUUGCCUCUUGAUUCCAUCUUCCAUGAACGUUUCCAAGCCCUUGUAUUAACUGAUCUUUAAGUGGGAACUCCUUGAGUACCAUUCAGACUUAAAAGCAAAAUAUCUCCAUGAGAUCACUUAACCAAGACUUAAAGUCAUUUUUCAAGGUCGCUUCAGGGAGAUUGGCCUAGAAUUUCUAUUUUCUUGGUUAAAGCUGACUUAGCGGAACCUCCUGUGAUGAAAGCUGGAGGGAACUGCCUGAUUUUUCACCCUGCCCUUCUAGACCAAAAUCAACCCUUCAUGAGUGUUUUUACCUCUAUAAAUGCUUUUACUCUGAACUAGGAAAUAAGGGGUUGCUUCCAUGAUGCCCACUCUCCGCUCUAGCCACUAAAGGGAGGUAGGGGCCAGGGCAGAGUAAGUGAAACAGAGGGGGACACUUUCCACGACACUUAUGCAGGGGCAACCCUGGUAACUUCUCUCUGGGCCUUGGAUUGCUUUUCUGGUCCAAGUGAUAUUGGGAGGACUGUAUUACUUCCUGUUUAUUGCUGGGGAGUGAGUCCUCUCUGAAAUGGAUUUUAGAUAGUUUGAUGGGGGCUGUGGUGACUCCUAUGGCCAUUGGAUGUGUGAGGGGCUGGAGACUCUCCAUGUUGGUUCAGACCCAUGUAACCUGGUAAGGAUUAAGGUCUGCAGAGCGCUCCAUUUUGGGGUUGUGGGGAGCACAACUCUCUAUCGGCAACCUGUAGUCUAGACUGGAGCCUUAUAUAACAGACUCCUCCUGACUGGUUGGCACGUGGCAAACACAUGCUGAGUCCGAUUGUCAGUCUUGCAUUUGAAGGGCAUUUGUGACCUUAAGGAACUCAUAGCUCUGCCACAACAGCUCAAAUAGAAUAAGAUGAAAGUACUGGAAAGAAUCAUACAGCAUGUGAUGCGGAGGACGCCUAGAAGCCUAAGACAGAGACUGUGUUUGUACUCAGAGUUCAGUGUGAAGCCCAUGCCUUUUUACAGAGCUCUUAUGGUUUGCAAAUUGGUGUGUUCCAGCCACAACCUUCUCCCCUCCUCCCUCCCCUCAACCCCUACUUCUCCUGCCCACCCAAUGGUCCAUGCAGCAUGACUGUGGAUUAUCAGUGCAGUGAAAUGCCUGGGCUGGAGCCCCGAAUGGUGAAGCCAGAACUCUAGCUUGAUCCCAGGUCUCUCAGCACUCCCUUCCCUGAUACUUUGAAAAUGCCUGUUGUAGUAGAGCCCCUCAGGGAACAAUGCCUGUGAUGUGGGGCAUGGGCUGCAUCUCACUGGGCUGGUUGUGGUGGCUUUUUGCUAAAUUUUCCAUUUGAGCCCUGAAGGACCUGUUUGCCCUCUGCUGUGAUCUGCUGCCGCACUGUCUGCAGUGUGGUCUGACCCAGUCACUAGAUGGUCCUGUCUUUCCGCUGUAGAUUACACUUGUUUGUGGUGCUGUGAGAUCCUGUGGGAAGAGGUAUGGUUAAAGACUUGAAGAGUGCGAUGCUAGUUUUGUUUGCCAUUUAAAGUCUUGUCAGGGGCUAAUUGCAGACUCAAUUUGUGAUUGGGGAUUAGUCCCUUAACCAUCCUUACUUUACUUCUUGUGUAAUUAUAAUUUCAUCAUGUAGCUUUCACAUCACAAUGCCAUUAAGGUAAAUAAAAUAAAGGAAAAAUACUUUUAAGUCUUUUGAGGAGAGGUACUGCACAAAUUCGAGCCAUAUUUAGAUUCACGGACACAUACCUCUUUGUAAGAAAGAUGAUAUUUUGUUACAGCCACACAGAUGAUUUAGUAAGUAGUUUAGGUACACAGUGUUCCUGUCCCAAAGUCACUUUAUAUUGAAAAGCUAUUAUAUGCAAACAAAGUUCUAGAAAGUGUCUCUUCUUUAGUCUAAUAGAAUACGGUAUCUGAUUGGGAGUUGCCAAUUUAUUUCCCUUCCACUAUUUUGUAUACUUACCUCCCAAGAGAAACCGAGUCUCAGGCAUGGGAGGUGGUGGCCUUGCUGAGGUUUUGAAAUACAUCAUUACUAAUCAAAGGUCUGGGGAACUGGAUUUUCACCAGUCUAACUCCGCCUUUCACCCUACCUGGAAUGGACUGGGAGUCGCGGUACGUAAUCUACCCCUGACGGAAAGGGGAAGCCGCCCUUCUCCAUGGUGAGGUGUCGAGCUGCUGCGUGUUUCUCGGUGUGCAGACACAGGAAGCUAUUUUAUUUCAUUUUUGCUUUUGCUUCUUCUGUACUUCUCAACUCUUUCCCAUCAUACCAUAGAAAACAUUAAAAAAUGGAGUCUGCAUUUUAAAAAUUGCUUUAAUCUCUCUCCUGUUGUGAGAAGAGGUAACUGCUUUGUGUAGAUCUCUCUUUACCUUUAGUCUGAAGGGGGAGCAUGACCCAUAGGGACAUUUUAUAUCCCCCACUGAAACCCAGGCCUUCUGGUCACCGUGUUCUUGCAUGUCGGGGAUGUGACUUCUAGCACUGCAUGGUGUUGGGGCAAGAUGUUAAUGUGAAAAUGAUACCUGAAAUUUAAUUGUACUUUUUGUUCUUUGUCACCUUGUCCUUUUGACUAAACUGAGAAAAGAGGCAUGGCUGGUUUCUCCUGCUUUUUGUUUUCAAGGUUGACCUGUAAGAUGGAAAUAAGAGAAAACGUAUCUAGUAAAAUGACAUGGAAAAAAAUUGAAAUGCAUUUCUGGUGUUCAUUUUCUGUGUUGUGCUCUGGCUUCCUCAAAAGAAAAAUUCUCUGGGACUUAGUGGCUGCUCUUUGAUCUUCUCCAAAGGUUACAGUGCCCUCUGGUGGAGUUAGAAGGAAAAUGGCUUCUAGACUCAAUGUUAAAAUAAAAGAUCUAAUUACAUUGAGAAAUCUGUUUCAACUAUAGCUGCGGUGGCCUUCUCUGAUGGUUCUGUUUGCAGUUUUUUUUUUUUGUAAGAUAAUAUAUAUAUUUUUCAAAAAUUGCUAUUGGUUCAAAAAUUUGAUUUUGGCAUUAUAUUACUUCUUACCACUCCUAGGCACCUACAUCUAGUUUGAAAAAUUUUUAAUGUUUGCAUAUUAUAAAAGUUAUAUGCUAUGGAAUAUAAAUUUCCUUAAAAAUAUGUAACACAUUUAUGUGACAAUCAAACAGAGAAUAUUGAAAUAAAUU